AUGCGAAUUUUGCCGGGUAAACCCUUGCCAGGCAGAGACACAGCAAAGACUGCGCAUAAGGCAUUCAUAUUGUCCCAUAAUCCAAACUCAAAAACUCCAUGGACAAUAUUGCGAUUUGCUGAUGGAAGCUUGUACGAAACAGAUGACAGUGAGUUGAAGUUCCACAAGGAAGACUUGCCCAAUAACUGUAAAAUUGCAUCACAAGCAUGGAAACAAGACAUAGAAGUGAAUGCAGUACUUAACCAUGACCUUUUCGGCGAGAGAGGCAUUGAGCAUUCAGGUGCACAAGCUUAUGCAAUAUCAAGCGCAUAUGAGAAACUAAACAAAACCUACCUCAAUAAGCCUGAGCCCACAACAUACAAGGAAUCGCAGAAAACUGAUGAGGCCGAACAAUGGAAGGCCGCGACUGAAGCUGAACUCAAACAAAUGGAGGACUUAUAAGUCAUUUCAGCAGUCGAUAAAGUUCCAGAAGGUAAGAAUAUUACCGAGUCUAGAAUGGUUUAUAAGAGGAAACUCACCUCUCUGGGCGAUGUGGAGAAAUGGAAAGCAAGAUUAGUAGCCAAAGGAUUCUCCCAACAAUACGGAGUAGACUGGAAUGAGAAUUUUGCACCAACGCCACAAACAGCUGGAAUAAGACUCUUGAUCGUGUUCAUAUUGCAUUUUGGACUAAUGCAUAUGCUUCAGGAGACGUCAGUGGAGCAUUUCUG